AUGGCUUCGAAGGCGAAAUUCUUCCUUAUCCUUUCGCUGCUGAGUGUGAGUGUAGGCUAUUCCAUUUCGGAGGAUCCUGUUCCAACCCCAUGGCCUCUCCAAUUUCAUUCAAUUCUCCUCAUGAACUACACCGGAAUUCUGCAGAUAAUCAACCUCUGGUACGACUGGCCUAAUGGUCGGAACUUCAACAUCAUCCAGCACCAGCUCGGCCACGUUCUCUACGACCUCGAAUGGAACAACGGUACUUCCUUCUUCUACACUUUGGACUCUUCAAAGACUUGCUCUUCCGCUCAGCUCGAGGUCGGUAUUCUCCGACCCAAUUGGCUCGACGGAGCCAAAUAUUUGGGUCAACGCCAUGUCGAUGGCUUCCUCUGCAAUGUCUGGGAGAAGGUCAAUUUCAUCUGGUAUUACGAAGAUGUUGAGACCAAGAGGCCUGUUCAUUGGCGCUUCUACACUGGUAACCCUCUUUUUUCAGAUUUUCGUAGGAAUGACCUUUUCACAAGCAAUUAA